AAUGGUACUCACAGUGCGCUGUGUGACCGACCACCUCUUGUCCACGAGGACGGUCUUUUCGAAGAGAAAACCCGUGCCGCAACUGGAGACAAGAGCAGGACCAAUCAUCUGCGCUUCGACCACCGGGCUUCAUGUGGCAUACCUCCGCAGGACGGGAACGGGUCUUGUCGAGUUCACUCGACGAUGACGAAAGACCAAGCCGAAGAACUCGUCGACGAACAGGACCAACAAGUCGUGCGCGCGAAUCCAAAGGCGUAUUGCGUCCCCUGGAGUAUUGUGCAGGACGAACACCGACACCGGGUUUUGUUUCGAAACGCGACUUUGAUGCCUUCCGAAAACUUCGCGAUCCUCCUGCAGCUGGCAAGUACACCGGUGUUUCAGUACGGAGUGACCGUUCUUGUGCAUGUGCAAACGGCAAUGGUACCUUACAUCGAAGUAGUGGACUAUCCAUUUGUUGUGUUGAGUAGAACACAUUCAUCGCAAGGAUUUCCUCAUCGUCGCAAACAUGUCUUCACAAGGAGGCCAUCAUCAUGAUUUCAUCCUCUUCUCCAAAAAGAUAAGACUCAUACUCAUCUCGCUCUCGCUUCAUAAUUCGCUACAGGCGCCAUCCUUUUCUGAAAAAGCCAUUCCGCUGCGCGUAAUCGGUCUCCGGUAUGGUGCGACUCAGAUGCCAAUCCUGCUGGAAAGAGAGCUUACCAUCGCUCAGCUGCAUUUGGUGAAUCGAGUCCGGAAGUUUCGUGCUGUCGGGAUGACACAAUUUUGCCGAUCACGAAGACAAUCUUCCUUUUCCGCAGCGCCGGCGGGGAAGGACGAAGCCUCCUGCCUUCAAGAUCUGAUGCGAGCCUGCUGUCGUAAAACCGACAGUGCAAGGUCCUCGGGUUCCAGGACCACUUCUCCUAUGAGGACCACUCAGCUGCGCAGCACGGAUCUGGUCUACGAGGUUGCCUUACUUCCGCCCACCGAGGAGGCAUUUGCCAUGCUGCAGCUGGAGCAUCUGCGUCCUCCGAAGCUGCCGUCGUGCAGCCACGCAGGCGGUGGUAUUCAUAUUCUGGAUCAGGCCUCAGUGCUGCUCGAGGAGGUUCUGGACAAGCGGCCGCGCUGGAGCCGCACGACCGUCUUUGAUGACCGCAGCUGCCGUGAUGUAGCAGAGGGGCAGGUGCACCAUGAAACCGAUAGCGAGAGCAGGAGAGAUACAAUGCUGGCCAGGCAUCGCGUGCGAGGACCUUCAAAAAGCUUGUUGUCGCUUCGGCCCAGUCGCGCAUUCGUCCAGAAAAGCUUCUCAGCGAUUCUGUGUAGCAACGAGGCCUUUUGCGCUGGAAUAACACCGAAAGACAAUAUUUUUGCGCCAGACUACAGCAGCACUAGUGAGCCAGAUCUAUCCACCUCUAGCGACGACGAAACCUCCACAGCUAUACGAGCUGCACAGACGAAGCACCUCAGUUCCGGGGGACUUCGUCGGGGAAAGCGAGUUCGCGCAGACCACUCCUCGGAGUUUGAUAGUACCAGCGAGGUUCUACUUCCGGCUGCGAAGGAGUUUUUAACUUCAAACAGAGCGGAUUUACACGACACGCGGUUUGUCGCUCCUCGCGAAAUUUCCGGAUACGGGCCAGACGACGUUCCGAGCGAGCUUCUCGAAGCAAUCGACACUGGAAUGGCGAACGCUGACGGAGGUGGCAAUGACCCGCGUCUGAAGAUGAGCGAACAGCGCAGCAACGUUCAUUUUUUCGUGCAGAAAAGUCAAAUCAACGAAAAUCAUAGAAGUGGAGCUGCGAGGAGAGGAACACACCAGAAAAACUAUACCACACAACAAGAGCGCUCGCCGUUCCUGCAGGCCUUGACCCAGAACCGAGUCGUGCUUCUCGAAGGUGCCACUGGGAGCGGAAAGAGCACCCUGGCACCGCUGAUUUUGGCGCACCACCAACUCCAAGUGCGAAAAAUGGCAUGUCGCAUUGCAGUCACGCAGCCGCGGAGAGACUCCGCCCGCGAGUGCGCCAGACGGAUCAACACCGUUUGCGGAGUCGAAUGGAACUACCGGGUUACGUGUGGUAGCGGUAAAAACCACUUCCAGAGAAACAAACAUACGAGGUUUCUUGCAGGAACUACAACAGGAACAAAUCAAACGCAACACCACCCGGUCGCGACGUAUCAAAUUUCUCAAGAUGACCAGGACAUGGGCGGGACAAGUCCUAUCGUUUUUUACACGGUGGGCACGCUGAAGCAGAAACUGCUUCGAAAUCCGGAUCUUAUCCGCGAAUACAGCCACAUCAUGCUGGAUGAGAUCCACGAGCGGUCGUUUGACCUGGACAUUUUGUGCUUCCUGCUACGGGCCCUGCUGAGCGACCCCUCGCUGUGCCACACGCGACUAGUCCUGAUGUCCGCGACGCUGGAAGCUGUGCGGGGUGUAAAGCGCUAUUUCGCGCCACUCGGGUAUGUUUUGACGACCAGCGACGAAGAAGACUUGUUUCGAUCCUGUGCAAAAACGAAUAAACCUGAGGAGGUGCUCGAUUUUGAGAUGCAGUCGAAGAAAAAACGACAGACCACGGUCUCGUCAACGUCUUCCAGUCGGGAAAAAGCAUCGUCCGCGACCAGCAGUCCGGUAGUGCGGGUUGCUGGGUCGCAUCCUUUUCGAAUCGACGCGCUGCACCUGGAAGACCUGUUGUCGCUCCUGCCGCAGACCUCCCUCGCCCGGGAAACGAAAAUAAAGACGAAGAAGGCUGUAAGUACCGUCGCCGAUGUCGUGUGGAGUUGCCUUCAAGCCUUUAUUACUCAGUCAGAAGCCGCCAGUGCAGACGGCGCGGCUCCUGUGCGGGUGGAGGAUGCGGAUGAGACGGGCUCUGCUGCCGCCGAAAGUACUGACCUUGCCGACCUGGAGGAAGCGGAAGGGGUAUCGUCUACUAAUUUGCCGCCAGAUCAUGAUCUACACCGCGACAAUGCGCUGGAGAAAUGCCCUUCCGUCGGUGCAUUAGCAGAUUUGGCAAAACGCGUGAGUAGGCUAUCAUGUCGUGCCAACACCUCUCAGAACAAUCCUCAUAUCGACCCAGCGGAGGACGAAAAAAUGCCCGCCAUUCCACCAUUCGCAUCUUCGGAGCGGUUAAUACAGCGUCUACAGGUUUAUUUUCUGCACUUGCUUGUGCCAGUUUUAGAAUCACUAGUCGAAAAAUACCUGUCAAUAUGCCGCGAAGAAGGCGGCAAGAUCCUGAUCUUUUUGCCGACCAUGGGCAUGUUGCAGCGGUGCGAGCAGUUGCUUCGCAAGAGUUCGUCUUUCUUUCUAUCCGGAAAAACAAAUGAUGGGUCAUCCUGUUUUGCAGAUCUGAACAUUCAGCACACCCUGUGCCACCGCGACCUUGCAGAAGAGGCAAACCAUGCACGCUACCGUAUCCUGAGUCAAAGCGUCUCCACUGAUCUCAUUCCCAUCAUAACAAAGAGGCACAAUUUUGGAGAUUCAAGAAACAACUAACUAUCCCGUUUUCUGUGCUGCACAAUUCCAAAGCCCCACGACGGUCAAAUCAUUCCCCCAAAAAACGUGCACAGAAGAAUCGCUUACAAAACAGGAGGGUAGCUGCUGGCAGCUGGCGAGCUCUAAACGCAUGUUGGCGCUAUUGUGAAGAAAAAGUUGGCAAACUAUAAAUGCAUUGUGGCACACGCAGAUAAAUUUCCUUUGGCAAUGCUGGCCAGCUAUACACGCAUGUUGGCAAGAAAUAAGUGAGGCAAAGCUGGCGAGCUAUAAACGCGUGUUGGCGCAUAGAUUUGGCAAUGCUGGCGAGCUAUAAACGCAUGUUGACAAAUAAGUAAGUGUGGCAAUGGCAAAGCUGGCGAGCUAUAAACGCGCGUUGGCAAAUAAGUGUGGCAAAGCUGGCGAGCUAUAAGCGCACGUCGGCAAAUUAAUAAGUGUGGCAAAGCUGGCGAGCUAUAAACGUAUGUUGGCGAGUACGGUGCUAAGUAUAGCAAAAGUGCCCGAGGGUGAAGACGACGAUGCUCAUUAGCGUGGUCCGUCUGACUCCGUGCUUUGGAGGCCCAACCAUCUGCGGAAGGGGAACUUGCGAGGCACGUUUGUGGUGUCGGUCGAUUUAGUGUGACUAAUUAUCAGACUAACUAAGGUUCGGAAAUGGUUCUUACAGGGCUGCGGAUAAAAGUAUAAGAGAGAAGCUGGACAUACAGAUUUGCAUGAAAAAUAUGUAUAUGGUGCUGGAACUUCGGCUUCCGCCUGACCUACCUUGCCUGCGUCACAGCCAUCUUUGGCCGUUUGCAGGGUGUACGGCAAAGUGCACCGCACUUGCUCUUGCACUUCUGUUUAGCAUGACAAAUAUUUUCGGGUGGGGACGUUUUUUCACAGGAUAUACCGUCCGGUCCCGCCCGGAACCGUGCAACUGCUGCUUGCAACGAACAUCUGCGAAACCGGCGACACCUUGCCACAGCUGCUGGCCGUGGUGGAUCUGGGCUUACAACUCCACCGGCGUUUCGACUUGCGACUCGGGACGGAGCGGUCGCAGUUGCGGUGGGCUACGGCCUCGGCCAUGGACCAGCGGAAAGGGCGAGCCGGCCGCGUCCAACUGGGAACUUGUGUGCGCCUUUUUCCGAAAAUGCUGUACGACCACCUUCGUUUGACUGGAGAUUGCGGCGAACUGGCCGACCUCGACUUGCGACGCGUUUUGCUCGAAGUGGAGCACGCACGCAGGAGCCUGGCGAGAAAAAUAAUCUUGGCGGACGACAAAUCUACUUCCGACUCGGGCAGCAUCAGCAGCUCCGGCGAACAAGAUUCUUGGUGCUAUCCCGGCUUUAUCGACGUUGUUCAUCGCGGGUCGACAUCAACUAAACGGGUCUGCACGCACUGGGCAGCAGCGGACUCGUGUUGGAAGUUUCGGCCGGUAGAAGUAGGUGAAGAGACUACAACUGGGAAUGCGAAUGAAACCUCCACGACAGCAUCAGCGAGCGCGUUCGACCAUCACCUCGCGCAGCUGCCGGCCCCACCCAAUCCAGGACUGGUUCCGGAGGCGGUGCUGCAACUGCGCCGCCAACUCUUCCUGGAUGACAACAGCGAGCUGACACUUCUUGGUCUCGUAGCGAUGCACCUCCCCGGAGCGCCUCUCGCGGCCGCUUCCCUCGUUUUCCUGGGAUGGGCGAUGGAUCCUGACCUGCACGACCGCUUUCGCGAAGCGGUGGUUCUGGCGGCUUGCAUCGAACAGGAGGACGAUCCGCUACAUCAAGGUCUUCCACCUCGCUUGGGCGGCACCAGCUCAAGCAAAUCCGGUAAUUUAGUCCCGACGAUGAAAGGUCUCCGAGCGUUCCACAAGGCGCUGGAGUACCGUUUUGACUUAGACGGUGGCAGCUUUAGCGAUUCGCUCACAACCUUCGAACUGUAUCGGCUUGAUUCGCAGCUAAACUCCGUGCAGUGCGACAAGAAACGCUAUGAAGCGUGGCGCCGCACCUUGUCGCGAACCGCGGGAAAUGCCUCGAGGCUCAUCGAUUGGGCGUCGGCCGGGCCGGGUUGUGGACGCGGUCUCGGUACAGGACGCCAUCCUGUGUCGUAUCCCCAGAUCAACAAAUUUGCUUCCGGAAGUAGACCACCCGAAGGAGGUCGUGUUGAAGGUUCUGCCGUGCUAGCUCGCAAAUUUUUGCUCGGAGUCGGAUUGGCUUCUCUUUCCAAUGCCGUCGUCUAUGGACGAGUCGAUGUGGAUUUUGCGGCAAGAGAAUUUGCUUUGAACUUUUUAUCCAACUACGCUCGAGCCCCGACAACUAUUUUCCGCAGCCCGCUAACGGAUUCGUCUCGUGACAGCAACGAAAAAUUUGUAAAAGCCUUGAAACGCGAAUUGGGAACAACUACAUCAUCUUCAGGUCAGGAUUUACAAAUCCUCGAAGACUAUGUUUCUUUUGGGAACUACUCGGAUCUCGGCUAUGGCCCCUCAAACUUGCAGUGCUUUUUACGCGCCGGCCGUGACAGCAGCGGCGUGGCUCCUGGGCCUACAGGAGGGCUUGUACGCUGCCCAAAUUUCUUUCCACCGAUCGCCGAGACACUGGCUCGGCUACCGAAAUUUCUUUCCCACUCUUCUGCGUGCGGCAACGUGUUGAGGGACGACCAAGACAGGCUAUAUGCGUUCAGCGGGGGCUCCAUAUCCCCACUCAUUCCCCGCUGGACCUGGUUCAACAAUGCGGUCAGGGGCUUUCGAGGUGAAAGAAUGACGACAUCGCCCUCAGUGCCGCCAGCUGCGGCUGUGAUCUGUUGUCGUGAAAGUGAAAAUCUCAUCUCUACUGAUUCCGGUAUGUCCGUCCAAAUCCUCCCCUCGAGAACGGAUGACCUCGCCGGUGCAAAACCAGCAGGACGAAAUGCUCCUGCGCAGCGCGACGCGGUGUUUCCUUGGGCGUCUCGCCUUCGGACGUUUGUACCAUCUACCAGACCGGAUUCCUCUGACCGCCUCACGCAACGCCUUCUCGGCCGUGCCCCGCCGCCCCCCGUGGACGAGUACUCGCACAUUGCAGUUGGUGCUGACGUGCUCGACGAGGGCUCGAAAAUCAAAGUGCUCGGCGCGACACUCCUGCCAGCAGGCCGAAGUUGGUUGUGGCUGCUUGCGAGUGGGCACUUCGGCGAGGAUGUGGUACUUUUUAUCCGACCACCGCCUGCAGCUGGUGUAGAAGAUGAAUACGAUUUCACGGUCGUCGGGUUGCAGACCUCCGACGGCGGUCAAAAAUUUUCCUUCGCAGAGGAAGACUAUUUCGGCAAGAAUGGUCUGCAGAAUAUCAAAAAGUUCCGGCGUCUGUACCGCCAACUGGUCUUCCUGGCCCCGGGGCGGCACCCCGUGACGGGCUCCGCUUGUCUUCCAACCGGGGAAGGGUGUCGCUUGCUGAGAAGAGAGCUUCGGGAAGUCGCGCAGAACCUGAUGAUGUACUACCCACGUGAAGACCGGGUUCUUGCUCCUGCGGAGGGUGGUCGCAAUUCGGAAAGGCAACGAAGUGAGACAGCGCAGCUGCCUCUGGAAAGGAGCAAUAUGCCGGUCACGAUAUCGCUAUCGAACGAUCCGGACUGUCUGGGCAUCAGGGAGCAGCUGCUCAUAGUCGAAAACAAAACAACCGGUCGAAAGAGAUAGACCUGGCGAACAACAAACGACGACACUAGUCUGUCCUAUUCCAUAGAUAUCCAUUGAGGUGGUGGUCUCAGGUACUACAUCUUCAGUGCCUGUGUCUGGUUGAGUGAUGUUUGAAGCACGAAAAAAAUGAAGGUGAUUAUCGGUCAAUGGUAUCGCGUCACUCAUCACUUUCAGCCUGCCGACCGCUGUACGGUGUC